CGGCCAAAGUUAUAGGCCUGUGAAUGUGGGCGAAAUGCCGAAAUGAUAAUGAAUUAAUUUGUUAGUCGGAGUUGAGUAAAACAAUACAACGCAGGCUUAUUUAGCGUAGUCUAUAUGCAAUCAAAAGUGAAUCAGUUAGCCCGCACCACGACCUCUCGCUGACCCCCCCUCAGCCCUGGGAUCCACUGUCACUUUAACGUUUACAACCAGGAGCGUCGCUUCCGAGCGGAGACAGCAGGAAAGAGACAGUCCCUCUGCACCGCUCAGUACGGAUGGGCGAGCAGGAUCCUCGUUAAGAGACACACACACGCACACACUCACACACACGCACACACACACACAAACACCGGCGCAUGGAUAGGAGUCGAAGACGCGGAAAGUAGGUGUGCGAUCCUCGACACCAGACACAACAGUCCGACCGAAGGGGCAGAAGAAGAGGAGAAGAAAAAAAAAUAGAAGCGAAGUUGAUUUGUCGCCAGCGGACACCUGGGUGUGUGAGGAGGCGACACACACUGCGCCGGGCGGAUCUCGCAGUUUGGAAGUUGGAGCAAGUUGUUGUAGCCUACCACCAAGGGAUUUACCGAUGACUACAUGACAAUAAAGCGAGUUUGAACACGGGGAUCGUCUUGCCGGGGAUCUGUGAGACAGAGAUCCGCGAGUCUCUUACGUUGGGUCGAUCUGAAGCAGCGCCGGGACAGCGGGCUAUCUGGAAGAGCACAAAGUAACCGAGACGUGGUUUUAUCCAACUCUAGUUUGGUGAUCCUAAACGCUGUCGCGGAGCGCAGUUCGGUGAGAUUCACUGAGACGCGCAGCAGACCGUCUGGACAAAUUAAUUGAGUUGCAGGAGUUUCCACGAUCUCGGAUGGGCCGGGCCAUGUGAAGUUGUGCGUGGAUGCCAGCAAGCCAGACACUGGGAGCUGGCUGAAACACAUCCAGUUUGCCCCUGUGAACAAGCAGCACAACCUGACCGCGUGCCAGCUAGAUGACCAGAUUGUCUACAAAGUCACCAGAGAGAUUUGUCCCGGUGAGAGCUACUCCUGUUCAUGAAGGCUGAGGAAUAUUCAUGUGAUAACAUGGCUCCUGAUAUCCACGAGGAGAGACAGUACCGCUGUGAAGAUUGCGAGCAGCACUUUGCGUCCCGCACGCAGCUGCUGGAGCACCAGAAGAUGCCCUGUGGGCUGCCUCAUUCCUCCUGCCACCACACAGGAGUGGACAGCGACCUGGAGGCCAAGGAAGCAGAGGACCUGAGACCCCUUCACCUGGCCCACGGCCCCUACGAGUGCAAGGAAUGUGACCAGGGUGUUCUCCGAUGUGCAGAGCCUGGAGAUCCAUGCGCUGUCCCACUCUGAGGAGCGCGAGUACAAGUGUGACCAGUGUCCCAAGGCCUUCAACUGGAAGUCCAAUCUGAUCCGACACCAGAUGUCCCACGACAGCGGCAAACACUACGAGUGUGAAAACUGCUCAAAG